AUGUCGGUCAAGGAGCGUAAAAGGAUUGACUAUUUCUUUUUCCUAGAUUACCGAACACGAUGGACAGACAACGACAUGUACUCACACCUCACCAAUACAGUCUACAACGUCCUAAUCGACUCAGUAGUCAAUACCUACCUGAUCAAGCACUGCGGCCUGAACCCGGCAACAUCUCCAUCAAUUGCGCUCAUGGUCGCAUCGCAGAUUACAUUCAUAUCUCAGACAUCGUUCCCGGCUGUGCUAGAUAUCGGCCUCAGGGUAAAUAAGCUGGGUAACUCGAGUGUCACCUAUGAGUGUGGUGUGUUUGAGAGAGGCCUGGAGGAUAAGGCCGAUGACGAUGGAGAAGACGUUUAG